UAUUCACAGCAAAAAAGUACCUAACCUAACUGCCAACCCAACAAAGACCCAUUCCUUGCCACCCAAGGCUUAUUUCUCUCCCCGCGUCCUACCUUCUAAUAAUGGUCUACAGACGAAGCUCUAACGGCUGCACAUAGGCGUCGGUGUGGUGUGCACUCUCCUCACCGUUGCCUGUAUGGCGAAGAGGCCUCCAUCGCCAUGUGACAUUGAGGCGGGACCUCGAGGAACUCGGCCACCUCUACCACCAUCGCCACAUUUUCAACCUCCAACCCCUAAGACAUGGCUCUCGUGGCUUGUGCCUCUCAUUUUUGCGGCCAAUAUCAUGAUGUUCGUGUACACCAUGUACGUGAAUGAUUGCCCGGCAACAACCGGAGAGGAGGAGUGUCUGCUGUCUGCGUACUUGGGGAGAUUGUCUUUCCAGCCCUUCACGGAGAACAUGCUCCUUGGCCCUUCCAUUACCACGCUAAUAAAACUCGGAGGUCUUCAGAAGAAACUAGUGGUGGAGGAAGGUGAAGGAUGGCGCCUCUUGUCCUGCAUGUGGCUUCAUGCCGGAGUUAUCCAUUUAGUUGCUAAUAUGUUGAGUCUUCUAUUUAUAGGAAUCCGGCUUGAGCAGGAAUUUGGAUUUGUGAGAGUAGGAAUCUUGUACUUGCUUUCUGGUUUUGGUGGAAGCUUGCUAUCUGCUCUUAAUUCUAAAACAUCAAUAUCAGUGGGCGCAUCUGGUGCUCUUUUCGGGCUGUUGGGAGGUGUGCUUUCUGAGCUUCUCACUAACUGGACAAUCUAUGAAAACAAGUUGGCAGCACUUCUAACUCUGGUGCUCAUCAUUUCCCUCAAUUUGGCCGUUGGGUUUCUGCCUCGCGUAGACAAUUCAGCUCAUAUCGGAGGAUUCCUGUCGGGAUUUCUCCUCGGCUUCAUUCUUUUAGUCCGUCCUCAAUUUGGAUAUGUAAGCCCCAAACACAUUCCCCCAGGAUAUGAUAUAAAGCGCAAACCCAGGCACAAGACCUAUCAGUACCUGUUGUGGGUGACGGCUUUGAUCAUCUUAAUUUUUGGCUUUGCAUAUGGCAGUGUCAAGCUAUAUAAUGGCGAGACCCCGUAUAUUGUGCCUAUCUAAAGCAUCAAUGAUCAGCUGGAUGGUUUUGCCAAACUAACUGCAUAUUCUUCAAGCUUUUGGAAGUAUAACACCAAAAACUUCCCUCCUAUCUAUGCAUAUACGAGAAUCUGAAUAUCACGCGCGUAGAUAUGUGAUUGAGCACCUUCUGUUUCUUUA